GCCCGGUCUCUUUUUCCUUUUUUUUUUCUUUUUCUUUUUUUCUUUUAUUUUAUUUUUUCUCUUUUACAUCCAAUUUUAUUUUAUAUUACACACACAUACACUUUUUUUCUCUCUCUCUCUCUCUAUUUUUAUAUAUAAAAUGAAGAACUGUUGUUUUUGCAUCAAUCUAAGAACGGCUACAUUAUUUCUAGCAAUACUUGGUACAGUGACUCAUUUUUAUAGUGGGUUGACAUUGACGACCAUGUCAGAUGCUUUCCAAGACUUUGAUAAUGGAACCAUUUUUGGUUUGACAGUGUAUUCGUAUCUCUCAGGAUUAGCUUGUUUGGCUGGUGCUAUUGGUGUAUUGAAGAACAAUGUCAAGAAAUUACGAUUCUUUAGUAUGUAUUAUUGGUUGGAUCUUGCUUUACAUACAGGUUUCGCUGUUGCUAGUGCUGCUAUGUUAUUUACUUUACAUACUGAUAUUUGUAAAGAAAUCAUUCAAGAUGAAAGUAUUGACUUGGAUUUGGAAACUUGUGAAGCCGUUUAUAUUCAAAGUGCAUGGAUCAUCACUAUUGCCAUGGCCAUCAAUAUGUUACUCAAGUUACAUUUCGCAUUUGCCAUUCACUCUUAUCUUAAUCGUGUACAACAAGAACAACAACAAUUAUCUCAUGACACCAUUGUCAUUGAUUAUGCUCCCAUCAAUCCACCUUAUCAUCAAGACGUUAUUUAUGUAGCUGGCAAGGAAUUCAUUCCUGAUGACAAGAAACAACAAGCUUAGUUCCUGUUUGUCUUUUUUAGUUGCUCUCUUUUUAUUAUUAUUAUAUAUAAAUAUAUAUGAUAUUAUUAUAUUAUUUAUUAUUACUGUUAUUUUUUUUUUUUUUUUGCCUUCUCUUUCUUUAUGUG